AUGACGAGGAAGAAGGUGAAGCUUGCUUUCAUUGAAAAUAACUCGUCCAGGAAAGCAACCUUUCAAAAAAGAAAGAAAGGCAUUCUGAAGAAAGUGAAGGAAAUCUCGACUCUAUGUGGUGUCACUGCCUGUGCCAUCAUCUACAGUCCCUAUACGUCCAAUCCAGAUGUCUGGCCAUCGAUUUCUGGUGUGCGAAGGGUAGUUUCGGAUUUCCAGACGUUGCCGGAGAUGGACCAACAAAAAAAAAUGGUGGACCAAGAGACCUUUCUCAGACAGAGGAUCGCCAAAUUGUCUGAGAAUCUGAGGAGGCUGGAGAAGGAUAACAGGGAGCAAGAGAUGAUUGAAGUCAUGUUCCAAUGUUGGGAUGGAAGCCUGGAGAGGUUUCAUCUCAAUAUUUUGGAUCUCAAUGACUUAGGUUAUGUGAUUGGACAAUAUCAAAAAGAUAUAAAUCGCAAGAUCGAGAUUUUGGAGAGUUCUAGUAUGGAGAUGGGUGAAUCUUCUAAUACUGCUGUCACUGCGGCUAUGGCUCAUUCUUUUGAAGGCAUUGGAUAUUUGGCAGUUGCUUCGGCUACAACUGCUCCAGCCGCUCCAGCCGCUACGAUUCAUGAGGUUUAUUCUUCCUCCACAUCCGCUGCUGCCGCAACUUUUUUUAACUCUAUUCAGCAACAGCAACAUCAUCAUCAACAUCAACAAUUUCGUCAUCCUGCCACUCCACAUGUUGGAUUCUAUGAGCAAACUCGAAAUAUGAACCUGAAUCAAAUUCAUAGUCGGAUCCAGAGUCGGAUCCAGCAACAACCUUUUAUGGAGAUGAUGAACCAUCCUGACCAAAUGAGUGAUGCAUAUGAGUAUAUGGAUAACCGCCACAACCCCAACCUCCACAACUCCUUCCACCACCACCAGCACCAGCAACAACAGCAAAUCCCCAGUGAUUCCUCUACUGCUCUGACCACAGUCAACUCAAGCAGUAUCAUCCAUGUUACCAGUCCAAAUCCUACCAAUAAUACAUGGUUCCAUUAG